UAUGUAAUAAGCAGAGCAUUGUACAUGAUCGACCAACAAACACAGUUCUGUUAUUUUAAAAAAAAAAAGAAGAAAAAGUAAUUUGUUUUUUCUCCUGAGGUUCAGAGUACUGAAUUCCGGUUUUCUUCAAUCAUGUCAGGCAAUGCAGCCAUGAUAUUUGGCUUGUUCCUCAACAUACUAGCCAUCUCUGCUUUGAACCAAGAAGGCCUCUCUUUACUCUCAUGGCUUUCUACUUUCAAUUCAUCUCAUUCUGCCACUUUCUUUGCUUCGUGGAACGCAACCCACAAUAACCCAUGUAAAUGGGACUACAUCAAAUGUAACAGCAAUGGGUUCGUUUCAGAAAUCAAUAUUACCUCUAUCCAUCUUUUCACAACCUUCCCCACUCAGUUCCUCUCCUUCAACUUCCUUACCACCCUUGUCCUUUCUUAUGGCAGCCUCACCGGAGAAAUUCCAUCUUCGAUUGGAAACUUGUCGUCACUGGUCAGCUUGGAUCUCAGUUACAAUGCUCUCACAGGAAGAAUACCGCCAGAAAUUGGAAAAUUAUCCCAACUGCAGCUCCUAUCACUGAUUUCUAAUUCCUUGCAAGAUGGAAUUCCAACUGAAAUCGGAAAUUGCUCAAAGCUUCAACAGCUUCUACUGUUUGAUAACCACCUCUCUGGAAGAAUUCCAUUAGAAAUAGGGCAGUUACGGGCUCUAGAAAUCUUUCGAGCUGGUGGAAACACGGGAAUCCAUGGAGAAAUUCCAAUGCAGAUAUCACAAUGCAUAGAACUAGUUUUUCUUGGUCUUGCAGAUACCGGGAUUUCAGGGAAUAUUCCAUAUAGUAUUGGAGAGUUGAAGAAUCUCAAGACUCUUUCAGUAUACACAGCAAAUCUCACUGGUGAGAUUCCACCUGAAAUUGGUAAUUGCUCGGCCUUGGAAGAUCUGUUUGUGUAUCAGAACCAAAUUUUUGGAGAGAUUCCAAGUGAACUAAGCUUGCUGAAAAAUCUCAAAAGAUUGUUACUUUGGCAAAACAACCUUAGUGGGUGCAUUCCAGGAUCUCUUGGAAAAUGUUCAGGCUUGACGCUCGUUGAUUUCUCAAUAAAUUCUCUAACGGGUGAGAUUCCUCCAUCUCUUGUGAAUUUAAGUGCUUUGGAGGGGCUUCUUUUGUCCGAGAACAACAUUUCUGGAAAAAUUCCACCAUUCUUUGGAAACUUUUCCCACUUGAAGCAUCUUAGUUUGGAAAACAACAGAUUCUCCGGGGAGAUUCCACCCACCAUCGGGGAAUUAAACGAGCUCUCUGUGUUCUUUGCUUGGAAUAAUCAACUUGGCGGAAGCAUACCAUCGGAGCUAGCCAACUGCAAGAAGCUUCAUUCGCUGGAUCUCUCAAGCAAUUAUCUUACUGGGUCAAUUCCAAAGUCUCUUUUCAAUCUCAACAACUUUACUGAAUUGUUUCUGAUAUCAAAUGAACUUUAUGGAGGACUUCCAUCUGCUAUUGGCAAUUGCAGCAGUUUGACACAUCUAAUGCUAGAUUCAAACAUGUUAUCCGGUCAAAUCCCAUCAGAAAUUGGUCAACUACAAAGUUUGAGUUCUCUGCAGUUGUCAAAAAAUCAAUUUACCGGAGAAGUCCCCAAAGAGAUUGGCAACUGCACUCGGCUAAAAAUUGUUCAUUUGCAAGAAAAUAGGCUCCAAGGCACGAUACCAAGUGAACUAAGCUUGUUGAAAAAUCUCACAGAGUUGGUACUUAGGCAAAACAAACUUAGUGGGAGCAUUCCAACGUCUCUUGGAAACUGUUCAGGCUUGACCGUUAUUAAUCUCUCAAAAAACUCUCUGACAGGUGAAAUUCCUCAAUCUCUUGCAAAUUUAAGUGCAAUGCAGGAUCUUCUUUUGUCUGAUAACAACUUUUCUGGCAAAAUUCCAUAGUACCUAGUGUUAUCAGAAUUUAAGUUUACAUGUUACUACUCAGAAAUAUGGUUUUAGAAUAAAAGUUGCUCUAACCUUUGUUAAGUUUACAUGUUA